AUGAAUCAGGAGGACGCUAUCUCCAACGUGCACUUCAGAAAUGCCGACAGAUAUUGCCAUGACAUAGCCAAUGCUCCAUGCACGUUACCGGGUCGUGUUGUCACUCGUCAGGACAGCUGUGCUCUUGAUGUAAGUCUUGAUCUUGGUGAAGACACGUGGCCAAGUGAUUAUAAGAAACUGGUUACAGAAAACUACCAAGAAAGACUGUCUCUAGGAUUAACAGAAGCACGUCCAGAGACACAAAGACAAAUUUCCAGUAACUUGAUGUCUGAGAAUGAAAACGUGUACAGCCCAAUGACGGCUACAGAUUCCUCCAAAAGAGAUCGCUACGACAAUCUGCAAGGACACGAAGAGAUCAAAGAGGAAAACCUUAUGAGAAAGUUUCAUGAACAAACGUCUGUAGAUGAAAUACAAGAGAUCUCUGACGCUCAUUUGAAAGAUUCUAUAUUUGAGAAGCUCAGUGAAUUUUCUGAACGCUACAAACAACAGCAGCCAAAAACUACACACAGGAAAGAGCCAUCCCGCUUUAUAGACCAGACUCUUGUGUUGAAUCGGAAGAUUCGGCCCCAUUUUGAUGAACUACGAUAUAUUCCUAACAAAGCUUUGAAAAGGUCGCGUGUGCAGAAUGUCACGACUUAUAGAAAAUACUGGACAACAAAACUCAUUAUGGCAAUACUGUUGUUUGGUCUGAUCUGGUCCUCUGUGCGUUUACAAGGUCGAGUUGACCACCUGGAGAACACUGUACAGAGGCUGAGCGAUGCUAUUCAAAAAUGUAGCCAGACACAAGUACCAUCCGAUGGUAAUGAAGUUCAGUUCUCAGUGAACCAAAAUAUCAAAGAACUGUCCACGUCAGAAAGUUUCGGGUUUAUUGCCCCACUAGUGAUUCAUCGGGAAGAUCCGGAGAAUGACAUGGAAGAAUAUGAAAAGACUUAUUCAGCUUUGCCACUGACAAUUAAACGGGAAAAUACAAAAAUCGACCUUGUACAGGGAAACGACCCAGCAGUUCUUUCUGAUCACGUAGUUACGCCCGAGACAUCAAGUGUACAACCUGAAGUUAAACAAUACAUCUCCGACUCCAAUGUAGAAAACAAUGAAGGCAUAAAUAGCUUUGAGCAACAGAUAGGUCUAGCAUCAAGUCAAGAGAAAUCAAUUAUCUCUAAUAAUCGAUUUCGAAGAAGUGCCAAAUCAGAAGAAGAGCUAAUCAAAUUUUGUUUAUCCCAAGUUUGUAAGAAGAAGAAAGAAAGAGCUUUAACAUUACCAGCCCAACUGUUUAUCGGAGACUUCUAUCAUGUCUAUGACUAUAAAAAAGAUUUUACUAAACAAUUUCGGGAUUGUUUUGUCGAUACAAGUUUACCAACCAAACCUUAUGUCUGUAAAGAAGCAACAGUGCUAUACCCACAUCAAGACUCAUCCCUGGGAUUCUACAGACCUGUCAAAGAACAGAAGAAGAAAGCGUGUGACCAACUUCUAGAGCUAGUAGAUUUUAAAUCUGGAAAUUUUAGAGUCCGAGUUCCAGGCAUAUAUGCUCUCAAUGUGAAUAUAACGAUGGUCCUAGAAAAGCAUACAAACCACUCCGUGGCUCUGUUUCUGAAUGGUCAUGCCAUGCUCGCGUGUCCUAAUGGAGGUUUUAGAUGUCCCAGGACAAAUGAACCUGGAUCUUUCAAGUACCGAAUCUGUAAUAUGCACGGUAUAUUUGAAUUGUUGGAGAAUGAUCAUCUACAGAUUCGAACCCUUGAAGAUAACACUGUAAUCCGUAUUGAGAACCAUCGACAGUCCCAGUUUAAAGCUAUCCUUCUCCACCAAAUGUCUGAGACCAGCAGAAAGAAAAAAUGUUAAUAAAAACAUAUUGAAGUGUUAAUAACAACAUAUUGAAGUGUUAAUAACAACAUAUUGAAGUAUUAAUAACAACAUAUUGAAGUGUUAAUAACAACAUACUGAAGCUUCUAUGCUGACGUUUUAGAAUUGAUUCACUUUUUCAACAAGAACUUGUUGGUUUGAGCCUGUUCUGUUUUUUUAAACUUUUUUAGAGAAAAAAGUUAAUGUAUAACAUUUAUUCAACAAUAGUAAGAAAAAAAUGAGUUGAUAAAGGUUGACAAUGUUUUUUGUUGCUUUUUUAAUGUUUUUGUAAUGGCUCCAGAGUCGGACUUUCAGUUUUCCUAAUUAUUUUUUUUAUUAUUUGAGCAAUUAGUUUCUAUUGUUAAUUAAGCUCAAUUGAAGGAGUAAUGUCAAGUUCGGCGCUGAAAAAAUAAACAUAUAACAUGCCUGCACGAACUCUGUAACUCUGCUAAUCUGCUGUCAACAUGUCCGUUUUGUCUCCAAAAUGUUUGCAUUCUAACGUGGCGUUUAGUCCGUGUUCAGUUGAAGCUUCCGUGAAGUGAAUUAACUGAAGGGAUAACAACAUCAACGUAAAGACUGAAAGUGUCCUGUUGACUUGUAGUUCACGUUUCCAGAUUAUUCUGUUUACAACUAGUCCAAUUUGUUACACUGUUUUGUUUCUUUUCAUUGUUUACCUCAAAAGGAUUUAGUGAUCUUCUAGUGUGUGCACAUUUGUUUUUCUAUUCUAAGAAUCAGACUUAUUUUUUCGUGAUCAUUUGAUCAAUUUAUAUCCCGGUAGAGAGCGCUUUCAAAAAUAUACAUAUAUAUCUGUGUUGAGUUAUUUCCCACCCACUUUUCUAAAUACCUACUGCUUCCAUUCCCUGCUACAUAUUCGCAUGGUCAUUUUUGUUUUGUUUUGCAUACACUUCUUGAUAUAAAUACAUUUGACUUCCAUAAAUAACUGUCCUGGCGUUAGUUCAAGACAGGGGAAAAUUUAAUAAGUAGAUUAAUUUCCUCUUCUUCUAAUUGUUCUCAUAAAAGUUGAGUCUAUAAAUCUUGGAACUCUAUGGAAGCUUGUCUCCAUCUGCCUGUCUGAACAAACUUCUGUCUGAGAAAGAUCCAAACAGAUAUCAAUGAUUUAUUACAUCCCUAUUACUGAUUGCUCAUAUCCCAAAACGCUCGAAUUAGAAGCGAGGCCAAUGUCUGAGCACAUCAGGGAAACUCUGUACCACACCAGUCAUUGAACCGUUUUCUUUGAGAAACGGUGUGUGGACAGUGACAUGUUUGUUGGGGCUUUCUUUCAUCCCCAUCCAGUGCAAUGGACUCGGGCUCUCACAUGAGCUCUAAGAAAACAUUCUUGAUUAUACUGAUUUCACGGACCAAAAGUUGUUUGUUUAAUUUUACUUGAAUGUAGAUCAUGUAAAUAUGAAACCACGUUGAUGUAUAAACAGUAGCCAGAUUUUAAAUAUAUUGCUUGCUUUUUAAAACUUCUUUGUAUAGUAUUAAUGCGAUAUCACUAGUGACUGUAAUUAUUUUUUUCAAACUGGUUCAGUCACAGCUCGGUAUUGUCUAUAGUAAACAGACAAUACGCGUGAAAUGACUGUGUUUUAGGUCACGCGUGUUGCAAUUAUUUAUUAUUACUUUAUUAAAGGCGUGAUAACAAUAAAAUGAAUUUAAAUUGA